AUGUCAUCUCAGGCUGGCCCAUCCACCAAUGUGACUCCUUUGCAGCCCAAACAGUGGAAGAAAUUCUGGAGCAGCUCGGGUUUACCUCGGUGCAAAGAGCUUGCUUGGCGCGCAUCUUCUGGCUAUCUUCCCGUGAGGGCAGCGUUGGUGCGGCGUGGUGUGGAUGUAGAGGUUGAUUGCCCCCUGUGCGGUAUGGAACCGGAAACGGUUGAUCAUUUGUGGAUUCGGUGUGCGGUUACUCGAGCUUUCUGGUUUGGUAGCCCUCUUGCGCUACGGUUUGACACUUUGCAUGAUUUCCUGAAAUAUUUUAUUGAUUCAGCUGAGGAGGAUGUCAUCUCUUUGUGGCAAACGGCGUCCUAUGCUUUAUGGGAGGCCCGGAAUCGUGUUGUCUUUGAGGGACGUGCGUUCUCGGUUCCCUUGGUGGUGCAGCGUGCGCAGGACCUGGGUCAGUUGUUGCCGGCGAGUGGGACAGAGGUGCGGAAUGCUCCUUCCAUGGUGGCAGUUUGGCAGCGGCCUACGCGUGGGGUGAUCAAAAUUAAUUUUGAUGCUUCUUUCAGGUCUACUUCUGAUAUCGGGGCAGGUAUGGUGGCCAGGGAUCAUGAGGGUUUUGUUUUGGCAUCAGCAGCUGCGUUCCCUUUGGCGGCCUCAUCUCCGUUGUUGGCCGAAGUUGCUGCUUUGCGUUGGGCUAUGGUUCUAGCCAUUCAGCUUGGUUUCUGUCGUGUUUGUUUUGAAACAGAUUGCUUGCAACUGUUUCAACGAUGGACCAAGCCUCCGGAUGGUGCUUCUUAUUUAGUUUCUAUUAUUAAUGAUUGUUUUGUUUUUUCUCGUUCUUUUGAUGUAAUAGACCUUUCUUUUGUUCGCCGUUCUGGCAAUGCGAUGGCGGAUUUACUUGCUAGGAAGGCUUCCUCAUUCGCCGGUUUAGUGUGGAUUGAGGAAGUCCCUUCUAAAGCGAACUCAUUUGUUUCUGCGGACCUUUUGGCCUCCGUGUCAGUCCAAGUUUAA